AUGUAUGGAGACAGGAGGUCCGAAAUUGCGCUAGUUCUAGUGCGGUUUAGGGCCGACUUGAUUUCUACCCUUCUGAUAAUUGUUCGACUUUUUCUCUCCCAUCCCAUCCCUCAUCCCCUACUUACCACCACCGUCAUCAUGUAUCUCCUCCGCCGAACAGUAGCACGCGCCAUCGCCUCGCCUUCUACGGCGUUCGUAGCAAAGCCUCGAUCCAUCAACACAAUUGCUCCACCCGCCUUUCACUCGAGGAAGCAGUUCUUGGCUGUUCCAUCUUUCCAAAGGAGAUUCGCUAGUGAUGAUGCUGUCAACAAGACUGGAGCCGAGCAGGCCGUAGCUGAAGCGUCGGACAACUUUGCGCAGACGGCUACCGAAGCACCCGUGGAAGAGAAUCUGACCCCUGCCGAGGAGUCUGUACAGGCACCUUCUACUGACGCUUCCGCUACCGUGGGAAUUGACGCAUUGGAGCAAGCUGCUGAAGGGCGGAAGCGCCCUCAGCGAGCAAACACGUUUAUCCAAGCCGAUCCCAACAACACACUCUACAUUGGGAACCUAUUUUACGAGGUUACAACCGACCAAAUUCAGCGUGUCUUCUCCCGUUUUGGAGAGGUCAAGGAUGUCAAGAUUGCCUUCGACAACAGGGGUCUCAGCAGAGGCUUCGCUUACGUCACGUUCGAGAACAUUGAGCAUGCACAGGCUGCAGUCGAAAAUCUGCACAUGCAGAUCUUCGAGGGCCGAAACAUGGUAGUGCAAUUCCACAAGCCCAAAUCCAGCAGCAGUGUUUCCUAUGCUGGUGGCAAGGCCAUUGAAAACCCUCCCUCAAAGACGCUUUUCAUCGGUAACAUGUCAUACGAGAUGUCAGACAAGGACCUCAAUGACAUGUUCCGCGACAUUCGCAACGUCAUGGAUGUACGCGUUGCCAUUGACAGGAGAACCGGACAACCUAGAGGCUUUGCUCAUGCGGAUUUCAUUGAUGUUGCCAGCGCCGCUCGUGCCAAGGAGAUUCUUCAGGAUAAGAAAAUUUACGGCAGACAGCUUCGCCUUGACUUCAGCAAGUCUGCUAUUUCGGGUCACGGCCACGGCCAGCGCUCUCGUUCCGAUGAGUAGAGUCCGAUGCGUUUUGAUCUAUCUAUGGUCGAAUGCAC